AUGGGAGACCGGGAGGUGUUCGCCCUCAGUGUGGUCAGUGUAGGCCGUGUGGGCAGUGUAGGCGGUGUAGGCCUCGUGGGCAGUGUAGGCCGUGUAGGCCACGUGGACAGUCUGGCGACUCUGCAGCCCGGCCCGACCCAGACCCGGCCCAGCCCCAGACCCGGCCCAGCCUGCCCACCUCAAGCCCAGAGCCUGGGACCCGGCCCCCGGCCAGACCCAGCCAGACCCGGCCUGGACCCGCCUCCAGCCCUCCGGCCUGGAGCCCGGCCGGCCCUGGGCCCGGCCUGGCCCCAGCCCGGCCAACCCGGCCCAAUGCCCGGUCUAACCUGGCCUAAGCCCGGCCUCCGGCCCGGCCCAGCCCGGCCAUUCGGCCCGACGCGGCCUGGCCCGACGCUGCCUGACUACUUAAGUUCUGGCCCAGACUACCCCAUAAGUUCUGCCCACCCCCCAGAAUUCUCACCUUAG